AUGCCUCCUCCCCCUCCGCCCCCUCCGCCGCCGCCGCCGGGAGGGCUAGGUGGCCCUCCCCCGCCGCCUCCUCCAGGAAGUCUGCCUAAUAGACCACCGAAGAAUGAGGUGAAAGGUCGGGGCGCGUUGCUCUCGGACAUCCACAAAGGCACACGGUUGAAGAAGGCAGUCACCAAUGAUCGAUCAGCGCCGCAAAUCGUAAGUUCUGGGGGAGGCUCAGCUGCACCCCCUAUCGGCGGCGCGCCUCCAGUUCCCGGGAUGAAGGCUGCGUCAGGGCUUGCACCACCCGUCCCGUCCGGUCCCGCUGCCAAUAGAUUGCGAAGCAACAGUGAAGGAGUAUCGGGGUCAGCUGGAGGAGCUAGUGCCCCAGCACCCCAGUUAGGCGGUCUUUUUGCAGGUGGAAUGCCGAAGCUUCGCAGUCGCGGCGGCAUCGACACUGGUGCCACCCGAGAUUCGCCUUACAUGUCCGAAGGUGAAAGCACACGACUCCCAGCUGCGCCAGCUCCCAAACCACCUACGGCCCCUCGCCCUCCUGGAGCACGCCCACCACUUCCUCCACCUUCUUCAGAGUCUCCGCCCGCUCCGCCUCUUAAUCCACUGGUCGCCAACCUAAAGAAGCCUCCCCCACGACCCGCAUCGAGGCCGUCAUCUACUAUUUCUACAGCUUCCGCAAAGAGCGCGCCCGAGGUGCCUCCUCCUCGCGCCCCUCCGCCACCUCCUGGGGCAUUCAAGGCCCCACCACCUCCAACAUCACGACAACCUUCUGGGCCACCGCCGCCUUUUCCAUCAGCUAGCCCAGGGGCUCCUCCCCCACCUCCCCCAUCUGCGCCUACUACUGCUCGGGCUCCUCCCCCACCUCCAGCUGCUUCUGGGCGGCCAACUCCCCCGCCUCCCCCACCCGGAGCUCCCGUAUCAAUUGCCGCCCUAGCUGCGCGCACUGCACUGGGCAACAACAGCUCGCCAGCAGUGCCUCCCCCUCCACCACCCUCUGCUGCCCCAGCGGCUCCACCACCACCACCGCCAGCCUCAGCCCCCGCUCCUCCCCCCAGCGAGGCGCCCUCUCGCCCAUCUCCCUUCUCUUCACGCCCACCUUCACACGAGCCGCAUACUACGCUCGAUCCCAGUGCUUAUACACUAAGCAAUGGCGGCUCAUCUCAUGCUCCUACCUCGCUCGCCACAUCCACACACGGUCCAGUCCGAAUAGACGACUCCCGGUUCAAGUUCCAAGGGGAUGGACUACUCCCCAAACCCCGGCCAUUUACUGGCGGAGUACGCAGGUACCGUGCUGGGCGAGGGAGCAGUGUGCCGCUGGAUUUGCGUGCGUUAAGUGGCUGA